UCAGCAGUCGAUUGAUAGGGGCAGGUAGUGCUCGUUGCGCUUUCGUACGAUAUGGUUGUGGAUAGUGCCGUCGGUUGCGGUUUACUUUCGAUCGUGAAAUAUCAUAAAACGAAUUAGCUGUUUGCGAUGCGCUGUUGGAUCACGAAUUGCUAGAUCAAUCUGAAAUAAGUCGGUGCGGAUUGCGCCACCGUUUCAGAUAUAGCACAAUGUCCCAAAGAAAGAAUACCAAUGCAGCAGGGAAGCUGAAAGGAAAGCGUUCGAAAGAGCUCAUGUCCUCCUCUAGUCUUUCCGGUAUGUCGCAAUUAUCCAACAGCAGUGAAGAGACAUUGGAGGCUUUUGUACACAAACCCCAUAAAUCUGAUAAUUUAGAAAACACAACGAAUACACGAAAUGCACAAAACAACGAAUGGUUAAUAAAUGGACCAAAUUUAAGCAAAGCGCCUCUUUUACGCUUUAAAUGUUCCGCUUUAGCUACGCCACCAGAAGAGCCACCCGCUAAGCAGCUACAUAUGACCUACAAGAUCUUUCAAACAGACACCAAGCUCAUCAAUCUUUUGCUACAAUCGCACGGCUUAGUAGAGGUACCGAUGAACGAGGCGGAUUUUAAUAUUUUGUGGAUGGGGAAUCAUCCGAAGCCAGAUAUCCUGCGGAAUUUGAUGCCUUAUCAAAAAGUAAACCAUUUUCCCAGGUCUUACGAGAUCACGCGUAAGGAUCGUCUCUACAAAAACAUCGAAGCUAUGCAGAGAAGUAAAGGCCUUCGAAAUCUCGACUUUAUACCUCAGACGUUUCUACUGCCGGCCGAAGCCAGAGAAUUGAUCUCGGCGCAUUUCAGAUAUAGGGGACCGUGGAUCGUUAAACCCAAAGCUAGCUCACGAGGCCGUGGUAUUUAUAUUGUUAACAAUCCCGAAAAGAUUCUGACAGACGAAUCGGUUAUCGUGGCGCAGUACAUAAAUAACCCGCUUUUAGUCGACGGACACAAGUGCGAUUUGCGUCUCUACGUGGCUGUGACGAAUUACGAUCCGCUGCUAAUUUAUUUAUACGAGGAAGGUUUAGUGAGAUUUGCGACCGUCAAGUAUGAUGGCGGAAACCAAUAUAUCUGGAACCCUUGCAUGCAUCUCUGCAACUACAGUAUAAACAAGUUCCAUGUAGAUUAUGUAAAGAACGAAGAUCCGGAUGCCGAAGAUGUAGGACACAAAUGGACAUUAUCGGCAUUACUUAGACACUUGCGCUCAACGGGCCAAGAUACAGAAUUGCUAAUGCAACGCAUAGAAGAUAUUAUUAUAAAAUCCAUUCUCGCUACUGCAUCUGGAAUUGUCAGCGGUUUAAAGCAAUUCGUGAAACAUCCCGAAACAUGUUUCGAACUAUUUGGCUUUGAUAUAUUAAUCGAUGAUACGCUGAAGCCGUGGUUACUGGAAGUAAAUUUAACUCCCUCAUUGGGAUGUGAUUCGCCACUAGAUAUUAGACUCAAGUCAGCUUUAAUAGCAGACUUGCUUACUCUUGUCGGAAUACCUGCUGUUGAUCCAAUUCUACGUCCUCAAAAUUUAAAUCGUGCUGCCGUCAAUUCCAAUAAAAGGAUAACUAGUUAUAGGAGGGUACAGUCUGCAGAAACAUUACCUCAGGGUAGAAAGAGUAUUAGCAGAAGCAACGUAAAUAAAUCAGGCUUGAGUUCAGAGCAACAGCGAAUAGUAGCGUCUGCUAAAGCGCAAUUCGAGAGGAGGGGCGGAUUUGUUAGAAUAUUUCCAAGUCCAAAAUCUUGGGAACUCUACUCGCAAUAUUUGGAUCUAGUUACAGGUACUUCGAUGAUGUCAGACCCACUCGGCCCAAGGAGGUUGCCUCAACAAGUCAAUACAAAUCAUAAUCUGAUGUUACAUGAACAAUUGUUCCCUGCAGCUAGUCGUGUUACCGGUUUUAUAAUACCAGAAGUAACUUUAGAUAGACUGUCUAGAUACGAGAGAUACGAAAGAGCAUUGGUGAAGGGUCAUAAGCAAAGCUUGGAUCGUGAAAAUAAGGAGAAUGUGGAUAUAGAUAUGCAUAAAUACAAAAAUCAAGUGAUACAAUCGAUGCAGGAAGGCAACAAGCUCAGUCCUGGCGAAGCACGGAAAGCUUUUGGUUUAUAUCUAGGUUAUAUACUACGAAAAAUAUCACACUCGAAUGCAGAUCCGGCAUGCUGUGAUCUCGUGAUGAAGUUUCUCCAACAUUCGUCUUGUAGUUUGAGAACGCCGUUUCUGUUCACGUUACCGUGCAGCAAGUUAAGCGACAAGGACCGAGCUGCUAUUAUUGCAAAACAAUUGUCCGAUUUUUUACAUCUGUACAACAGAGAAACGGAUCUUUACGAGGAUACCGUAGAUCGGCCUCGUACUGUUCCUAAUAAACUCUUCCAGAAAUUUUUAAGUGCAGCAAGUGAACAAGAUCUCGAUGACGUGCUAAUUCUGCAAACCCGGCUUUACAAAUGUGCUCACAGUUUCUUGGGAAGAAGUGGUUUCGCCGGCAGUCUACGCGGCGCCAAUCUUCUCGGCUCUUUACCGCAUAUUACAUCGCGAGUAUAUUCUAAUGCCGCCGUAACGGAACAAUGCAAGUGUAAUAAUCCGAUUAAUAGGUAACUCAAUUAGUAACUAACUUAUUGCACUUUUCGCACAUAAUUCUAAUAAAAUUAAAAAUCCCGCGUCCGUCAGAAUUGCCCCGCGAAUUGUCCGUUCUUCGUGAUUGCUGUGCAGCUCCUAUAUUAGCAAUAUUUUAGUAUUAAUUGGCAAUCUCUAUUGCGUGCUAAUACUUCAACGAAUCCUUAUAGUAUGUAGCGUCGAAUAUGUAAUGACAAAGAAGAAUAUUUUGGGUACGCCUUUUAAAACUAUUCCGUGAGUCAUAAAUAACUUUCACUUCUCUCUUUAAGGGAGAUAAACACUGUAAUGUGAAAAAAAUAGCUCUUUUUAGUGAAUUUUUUUGGGACGCCCAUAAAGCAGGUAGAUAAAUAAAUAAAUGUCUUCGCAUUGAAUUAGUCAUCUUUUGAACCGUUGAAAAAUAUUUUUCUAUUUAAUAAAAUACAUUUGUAUUUUAGUAUAAAAUGUAUUUGUAUUUUAUUUGUAUUUAUUUGUAUUUAUUUGUAUUUUAGUAUAAAAUGUGUCUGUAGUAGGCUCUGCAAGCUCCAUUGGUCCUGUACCUGGAGUUCUUAAAAGUCAUUUGAAAUAAAAAAUGAAAAAGAUUUUCUUAAAGUAUAUAAAUGUAAUUUCAAGUUAAGUGUACGAAAAUUUUAAUAUUUUAAUUAUUCGCAAAAUAGCGCACAUUUUAAAAAAUGCUCAAAAAUGUCCAAAAGAAGUACCGUUUUUUGGGGGAAAAAUUUAAAAAAAAAAUCCGUACACUUAACUGAAACUACAUUCAUAUAUUUUAAGAAAAUCUUGGGGUUUUUUUUAUUUCAGAUGACUUUUAAGGAUUCUAGGUGCGAGGCCGAUAGAGCUUGCAGAGUCUAUUACAGACACAUUUUAUAUCAAAACAAAAAUGUAUUUCAUCAAAUAGAAAAAUGUUUUUCAACAGUUCAAAAGAUGACUAAUUCAAUGCAAAAACAUAUAUUUAUCUACCUGCUUUAUGAGCGUCACAAAAAAUUCGCUAAAGAACUAUUUUUUUCAGUUGUCACAGUGUUUAUCUCCCUUAAAUUUACUUUCGUGUAAAAUAUUGAACGAUGAAGCCUAUGUACAUUCGUCGUUAUUAAUAUUUCUUUAAUAUUAUUCGAUAGACCUGCAAAUGUUCAAGGAAAAUAAAUAUUAGCUAUCUGCGUCCGAAGUUAUUUAUGACUCGAUUCAAUAUUUAGACAGAUAGCUGAGAAAGAAAAUAUCUCAAAGUCCCGUUUGUGAAUUCCUGUGUCGCUUGUUGUAGACUCUAGUGAGCAUGCAAAGUCUCAACUUAUUCGGAUGUCUUUUAUUCCGUCUAAACGUUUAAGGCUCCUGGGGAGCCGCAUCAUCCAUCUCUUUUUAAUGACGUUAGAAACGAGAAAACGCAUGCUAAAAAUUCUUGCAAAACACGUCGAGAUAAACAGAUAUAUUCACAGAUAUAUUCGACAUUUGCGAUCG